GUGAAGAAUCCCGCCAUUGCACUUCCCGGUUUGUUUUUUGAAGAGCGCGCUUUUGCUCCUUCUCAGCCUCUCUUCCCGACUCGAGCCCUCAUCCCUCUAUCUCUCUGUCUCAAGUCCAAAGUUCUCACAUUAUUCGCCGCCGAUUAACAAAACCAGCUUAGUUCGAUUAUUCCUUAUCGGAGUUUUCUCUCUAUGAAUCCCUAAAAUAUCCAUACUCGAAGAUCAGAUUCUGUUAGAUCAACGCAUUGCUAGCGACAGGUUUUUUUUUUUUGUGUAAUGAUGUGGUUGCUUAGUGUUGAGAGAAUUACGAGAAGUAGGCGAGUAACUGAUGACUAACGAAAGUCGAAUGAGGAAAAAUCUAAGCAAUUCAAGUGAAGCUUACAAAUGUGAUGAGAAGCUCCCUAAACUUAAUUGGUCCCAACAUGUCAAUGCACAUGAUAAUUUUUCAUCUCAGAAGAAGUUUUUGAGUUCAAAUUUCCUUUUCUCACUAGAAAGCCAAAAACGUCAUAUUGAAGGUUCCAUGGCUAUAAGGUUAUCCUGCUGUCAGAUUCAGAGUUUUGAACAACUGCAGAGUCCACAAAUUGAAAAGGCUUGGCAUACUCUUUCCAGUCUUCAGAUUUCUUGCAGGAGCUACUUACAACCUGGCAAAACUGGUCCCACUAAGGAUGCACGAAAUGACCUAAAAAGCUCAUCUAACAAUUGCAAGUAUUCUGAACGAACCCUUGUACAUCAAAACUUUAGUGAAUCAAGAGUGAAGAAUAAUGAAUCUGUAAGGUACAUGGGGAAUUCUUUCCCACAGGACAAUGCUAGAGCUGCCGAAGCUAGAAACAGUGUAGGGCAGCAAACUGAGAUUAAGGCAUCGGGGGCUAACAACACUCUGUCUAGAGAUUUUGCUGGUUCAUUCAACAAUCAUAAUAUACAUACUAAUCAAAAUAGGGAGUCUGCAGAAGCUUCAGCUGAUUUUAUUGAUGAUGAUGAUCUACUCGGGAAUAUUGAUGUGGACCAAAUAGUUAUUGAGCAUUACCAGUCUACCUGCACACCUCAACCAUCAAUUUCCAAAUUUCCACCCAUAACUCCCACUUUAGAUAAAAGCAAUUUUGCAAGAUCAGAGGAGAAUCUUUUGCCACCUGAAUUGUGCCAAAACUGCAAUCAUGGAGUUAAGCUAGGACUUUGCCCAGAAGCUAAUAAUCAUUUACAAGAAAUGAAGGACAUGCUAAUUGCUGUGUCAAAUGAACUGCUUGACAAUACUAACCUGACUCCGUCGCAGAUAGAGAAGCUUCGCCUAGAUAGGUUACAACUGAACAAGCAAAUUCCGCAGCUUGAGAGAUAUUUGCGUGAUGAUGAAAGGAAAAAAUCACAUUUUUCUGCUUCCACAAUGACUGGGAAUUUCCAAUAUGAAACACCACAGUCCACUGCUUGCAGAAUAGAUCCCAUGAGAUUUGAUGCACAUGUUCAUUUGCGAAGUGAACCUGCUGGCCGUGAAAAUUGGAAUCUACCAUCAGUUUCAUUCCCUUCUGUAGAUAGGCUUGGUUUUUCAUCUGGUCCUAUAGAGAGGGAACCUUAUGUUCCAAGGUUCAUUGAAGUUAAUUAUAUUGAAGGUUCAAAUGACCCAAAGUGGAGCAGUAAAAAUUUUGCUUGGACAAAAAAGCUGGAGGCCUAUAACAAGAAAGUGUUUGGAAAUCACUCAUUUCGACCCAAUCAAAGGGAGGUGAUUAAUGCCACAAUGAGUGGAUUUGAUGUUUUUGUUCUAAUGCCAACUGGAGGUGGAAAGAGCUUGACGUAUCAGCUGCCUGCUCUAAUUUGUCCAGGAGUAACCUUGGUAAUUUCGCCACUUGUUUCACUUAUCCAAGAUCAAAUAAUGCAUCUCUUGCAGGUGAAUAUAUCUGCUACUUACUUAAGUGCCAGUAUGGAGUGGACUGAACAACAGGAGAUCUUAAGGGAACUCUGUUCUGAUAAUUGUAAAUACAAGUUGUUAUAUGUCACACCAGAGAAAGUUGCCAAAAGCGAUGUUCUUUUGCGACAUUUGGAAAGCUUAAAUGCUCGUGGCUUGCUUGCCAGGAUUGUUAUUGAUGAAGCUCAUUGUGUGAGUCAGUGGGGACAUGAUUUUAGACCGGAUUACAAGGAACUUGGCAUCUUGAAAAAGAAAUUUGAGAAAACUCCUGUGUUAGCCUUAACGGCUACUGCAACAGCAAGUGUAAAGGAAGAUGUUGUCCAAGCUCUUGGUCUAGUUGACUGCAUUAUUUUCCGACAAAGUUUUAAUCGCCCAAAUUUAUGGUAUUCCGUGAUCCCCAAGACAAAGAAGUGCUUAGAUGACAUUGACAAGUUUAUUAAAGAAAAUCAUUUUGAUGAAUGUGGAAUUAUUUAUUGUCUUUCAAGAAUGGACUGUGAAAAGGUUGCUGAAAAACUUCAGGAAUGUGGACAUAAAGCAGCAUUUUACCAUGGUAAUAUGGAUGCUGCACAACGAGCCUUUGUCCAGAAGCAGUGGAGCAAAGAUGAAGUCAAUAUAAUUUGUGCCACAGUGGCAUUUGGAAUGGGUAUCAAUAAACCAGAUGUCCGCUUUGUAAUUCAUCAUUCUCUUCCAAAAUCUAUCGAAGGUUACCAUCAGGAGUGUGGCCGUGCUGGUCGAGAUGGUCAGCGCUCAUCUUGUGUGUUGUAUUACAGUUAUAGUGACUAUAUACGUGUCAAGCAUAUGAUUAUCCAAGGACAGAUGGAGCAAAGUCCCUGGACUCCUGCAUAUAAUCGUUCUAAUAUGACAAAUUCAGAGAGGGUCCUUGAGAAAAAUACUGAAAAUCUUCUGCGAAUGGUCAGUUAUUGUGAAAAUGAUGUUGACUGUCGACGUCUACUUCAACUGUUACAUUUUGGAGAAAAGUUUGAUUCUGGAAACUGCAAAAAAACAUGUGAUAAUUGUUCCACGACCAAAACUUUAGUGGAGAAGGAUGUCACUGAGAAUGCAAAGCAAUUGGUUGAACUGGUGAAGUUGACAGGCCAGCAGUUUUCAUCAUCUCAUAUUUUAGAAGUCUACAGGGGCUCCUUAAAUCAAUAUGUCAAGAGAUACAGACAUGAGAAGUUGAACCUUCAUGGAGCUGGAAAACACCUUGCCAAGAGUGAAGCUUCCCGAAUAUUGCGUCAUCUUGUUACUGAUGAUUUUCUUGUGGAGGAUGUUAAGAAAAGUGAUAUUUAUGGAUCUGUUUCAUCAGUAUUGAAGGUGAAUGAAUCCAAGGCUUACAGUCUAUGCUCCGGUCGGCAGACUAUCAUACUAAGAUUCCCUUCAGCCGUAAAACCAUCAAAACAGAGCAAAUUUAGUGUGACCCCUGCAAAAGGCUUGCUGGUAUCUGGGAAGCAAAGUCCCCCACGUGUUGAUACCCCUGCACAACCUCAAUCCGAAGGCGAUUUUGCUCCUGCACAACCUCAACCUGAAGGGGACUUGAAUCUAUCUGCCAAACUAUAUUCUGCUUUGAGGAUGCUCCGAACUAUCCUUGUUAAAGAAGCUGGGGAGGGGGUUAUGGCGUACCACAUAUUUGGAAAUGCCACACUGCAGCACCUAAGCAAAAGAAUUCCGAGAACAAAAGAAGAACUGCUCGAGAUAAAUGGCAUUGGAAAAGUCAAGGUAAGCAGGUACGGAGAUCGUUUGCUAGAAACGAUUGAAUCUACUAUAAAGGAAUACUACAAGACAGACAGGAAUAGCAGCAGUAGCAAUGACAGCAAUGAUUCAAUGAAGAGGAGAAGAAACGAAAAUGCCAAUCCAAAUGGAUUUGUGGAAGACGAUGACUACACCAAAAGCACUGGUCGGUCAAAAAGAAGGGCAGCAAAAUUCCAGAACAAAGAUCCGGACGUUCAUAAUUCCAGUAAGACAGAUUACAACUGCCUGGAUGAUGACCUGGACUUUCAGGAUUUGUGUUAUGAUCAGGACAUUAAUAGCUUAGAAAUUGAGGCUGAAAAGAAUUGUACAGGAAGAGUCUUACCCUCAUGGUCAACACCAGGAAACAAGGUAAAAAGUUCUAACCUGUUUCAAUAGUAUUGCUAUGAAGAGUUAAAUUGUAAUAUUCUGGCUUACACUAAUUUUAUUCUGUCUCUUCAAUAAAGAAAAUGCAACCAAAUCCAAGGUUCAUUAUUUACGAUUUUA